ACGACCCUGACUAUAUGCUAUCAAAUGAUGAGGAUGGUCAUGGCUAUAACAGUGAGUCUAAUGACUCUUUCGAGCAAGAGGACAUAGAGACACCACCAGGUGGUCUACCAGCACAAUCACAUACAGAGCCACAAUGUGGUGCAACUCUGAUCUCCGAGAGGGUCACCCGAUCAACACCUCAUCCCAGCAUGGAAAGCCAAGCCUCACUGCCUCCCAUUGCUCAGCCACAAAAUGACGUGCUACCUGAGAACAAUGGCGAAAUUAAUAGACCUACCCGUGGACCUACGCGAGGCAUUGAAGCUCAGGGACUCAUUGACAAACAAGGAAAGCUUCCAGUUCCCAUUCCACAACUAUUUCGUGCGCCGGUAGGAAAGCAUGCUGCUCAAUUGGCCUCAAGGAUUGGUGUCGAGGUUCGCACACAUGUGAUAGACGUUGGCGUCCCUAGGUGGAAGGCAGUAGAUGAGAGUGUUAAAGCACCUAUACUUCAGCGCAUAAUGGAUAAGUUUGACUUGCAAGGAGAUCCAAUCGAUGUUGAAAAGGCAGUGGCAACACAAUGUGGACGGAGGUUGAGCAAUCACAACUUCGUUUUGCACAAAAAGUACAAGAAACUUAAAGAAACAAGGGGGGAAGAGUAUGCUAGAAACAACCCACCAGCUGGUGUCAAUCCAGAGCAGUGGACGAGCUUAGUCACUAAGAAGUGGACAGUUCCAAAAUGGCUGGAGCGAUCAGAAAAAAACACCUCAAACAGGUCUUGGUCUAAGACAAAACAUAGAUGUGGAUCAAAGUCACUCCCAGUUAGGGUUGCCGCUGCGAUGCACGAUAAUGGAGGUGUUGUGCCCGCGGUAACAGAGAUGUACAAGGAUACCCACUUCAAUAAGGACACACAAAAAUGGAUCUCUUCAGAAUCCGAAGUUCUCUAUGAUAAGAUGGUACAAAUAGAGACUGAACAUAAUGCGCAGGAAGGUGCAAUCCCGAUUACGCAAGAGGAGCUCUCCGUUAAAGGACUCAAGGCAAAGUCAGGCUAUGUGAAGGGACUUGGCAUUAGGCCUUCCUCCUCUAUUAGGACUGUGAACAGGGAGUAUGUAACACACCUCGAGGGAAAGGUGCAAGAGCAAGCUGAAAAAAUUCAGGAGCAAGCGGAAGGAAUUGAAGCAGCAAACAAUAAGAUAGAGGAACAGGGGAAGACUUUGGCUAGUGUUAUGGCGUUUCUUAAACAACAAGGAUUCACCGGUUAACAACUUGCUGAUUGAAUACACAUAAGGUUUGUAGGGGGGAAGAUGGUAUAUAGACGUUCUUCUAUGAAGACUUUUUGUUUGGAUAUAUGAAGACUCCUUUUUGGGAUGAAGGUCCGAGUCUUCUUUUUUGGAUGUAUGCUUCUAUGAAGACUCCUUUUUGGGAUGAAGGUCCGAGUCUUCUUUUCUGGAUAUAUGCUUCUAUGAAGACUCCUUUUUUGGAUGAAGUUCCGAGUCUUCUUUUUUCAUUUUAAUGAUGCUACAGAACUAUGAUGAACAUAUAUGGUAUGGUCUACCUUUCAUGUUUUUGUCAUGGGAAUAUUGAUGCUUUAGAUCCUAUGGUUGAAUGGACAUUAAUUUGGUAUAGAAUACAUAGUUUUUGUGGUUAAUGGAUAUCUAGUUUGGCACAUGAUUAUAAUGGUUUACAAAGAUGUAUUGGCUAUUAUGGUGUAA